AAUUAUCCUGUUGUUAGCUCUCCCGUGUGUCACACCACCAAUAGUACACAUAUCUAUCUAUCUAAAUAUUUUAUCCAAAACCACUCUCUUUUCCGCGCUUUUCUUUUUCUUAAGUGAUGAACUCUUGCUUUCUCCUCAGUUAAUGGAGUUCAUUGCUGAAGUUGGUUUUUUGCACCACCCUCAUCAUUUUCUUACCCCCUUCUCUAACCCUUACACACUCCCACCAAGAAGACAUAUAUGCCAUCAUGUACCAAUGCAUGGAGAAUAUAGAUUCACGUGCUGUCUGAAGAACCAUAAAUCAGUCAGAAGAUUAGCUUCAUUUACAGCAGAGAAGGGAAAUUCAACCACUGAUGUUGAUGAUAUAUGUAAGAUCAUUUGGACUGUAGAAGCUGAUUUAGAAGAUGAUCACCUUCUGUAUAUAACUGGGGAUCUUGCUGUGUUAGGCUGCUGGAAACCAAACAUGGCUGUACUAAUGUCUCCUACAGAGCACGCUAACAUAUGGAAAGCUGAAUCUGAGAUUGCUUUUGGUUUGAACUUUAAAUAUAAUUAUUUCAUUAAGGAAAAGUCAAGGUCCUCAAGUGGCAUUAUUUGGAAGCCUGGACCAGCAUUUUCUCUUUCAGUACCUCUUACAGUCCCAAUCCUAGAAGAUAAUAAAAUUGUGGUGAGGGAUUUAUGGAUUAGGUCUCAUUUCCAUAUGUCUUCAGCUCAUGAAUGGAGUUACUGCUCUGAGGAAACAUAUCUUCUUAAGCAGCCUUCUAUUUUUUUCCCAGUCAAAGAUGAACGAAGGAAUACGAGUCUCCUUGAAAAUGAUUUCCUAAAGCCCGAGACACUUAUUUUGGAAGAUCAAUUAUUUUUGGACAAUGAGGACAUGGUGAUUAUGAGUAACAAGGAUUCAACUUCUACUAAUAUUCUUUCUGAGAAUUACGAUCCUGUUGAGGAACCCUGGCUACCCCAUUCACCGGGUUUCAUUGUCUCUGAGGAUAAAACCGAAUCCAAUGAAUCUAAAACUAAUGACACUGUGAAAGAGCAGGUGAAGCUGGUAGAUAAAGAAGAGUUGUUACCUGAAGAAAGUAGUAGUUCAAUUCCAAAAGACCCUGUUUCCACCAUUUUACUAAUAAACUCAUCAAUAUGUACCAUGCAAAGAAUUGCAGUACUGGAGGAUGACAAAUUGGUUGAGUUACUAUUGGAACCAGUUAAGACUAAUGUGCAAUGUGAUAGUGUGUAUGUUGGGGUAAUCACAAAGCUUCUUCCUUCUAUGGGAGGAGCUUUUGUUGAUAUUGGGAAUUCUAAACUCGCUCUUUUGGAGUUUAAGUCAUACAAAGAACCAUUUAUAUUCCCUCCGUUUUGUCGAAAGAAAAAGAAACAAGAAAUUGAACCUAAAGGAAAAAAUGGUCACAUGUCUCGUGCUACUGACAUCCCUGAUGGAAUACUGGACAUACAUUCUGAGGAUGAUUGCUUAAAAUCUGUACACAAUGAUUAUGAUGAGUAUGAAGCAGAUGAUGAUUUUUGUAUUUCAGAAGUUCUUAAGGAAAAUGUGAAUGGUAGUGUGGUUGAUGAUGAAGUAGAAGCUGACUUUGAGGAUGAUGUAGAGGGAACUGAUGUCCAUAUAGAAGGAGAAAUAAAUGACAGUUCUCUUCCUGUUGGCACAAAUGGGUCUAUCAACAAUCAUAUUUUGCAUACAAAAGAUACAAAACGAGAAACUGGAGUAAAUAAAUGGAACCAAGUUCGCAAGGGAACCAAAGUAGUUGUACAAGUUGUUAAAGAGGGCCUUGGUACCAAGGGUCCCAAUCUGACUGCUUUUCCCAAACUAAGAAGUAGAUUUUGGGUUUUGAUGGCACGUUGUGAUAAAAUUGGAGUUUCCAAAAAGAUUUCUGGUGUCGAGCGCACAAGGUUGAAAGUUAUAGCAAAGACAUUGCAACCUGAGGGUUUUGGUAUUACUGUAAGAACUGUUGCUGCUGGCCAUUCUUUUGAGGAACUGCAGAAAGACUUGGAAGGUUUGCUCUCGACUUGGAAUAACAUAAUGGAAAAUGCAAAAUCUGCUGCUCUUGCUGCUGAUGAAGGGGUGGAAGGAGCUGUUCCUAUUAUUUUGCACCGGGCAAUGGAUCAAACUCUCUCAGUGGUCCAAGAUUAUUUCAAUGACAAUGUCAAGAAAUUGGUGGUUGACUCUCCAAGGACAUUUCAUGAGGUGACCAAUUACCUUCAGGACAUUGCCCCUGAUCUUUGUGAUCGAGUUGAACUAUAUGAUAAAAAGGUUCCCCUUUUCGAUGAAUACAACAUUGAAGGAGAGCUUGACAAUAUCCUCAGCAAAAGGGUUCCACUUGCUAAUGGAGGUUCUCUAAUCAUCGAACAAACUGAGGCAUUAGUUUCUAUUGAUGUAAAUGGAGGACAUGGGAUGCUUUGUCAGGAAACUUCCAAGCAGAAAGCUAUUCUGGAGGUCAACCUUGCAGCUGCAAGACAGAUUGCAAGGGAGUUGCGAGUUCGAGAUAUUGGUGGCAUCAUUGUGGUAGAUUUCAUUGAUAUGACGGAUGAAGCAAAUAAAAAAUUGGUCUAUGAAGAAAUCAAGAAAGCCAUUGAGAGAGACAGAUCUGUUGUGAAGGUCUCCGAAUUGUCAAGAUACGGACUCAUGGAAAUAACACGACAGAGGGUUCGACCUAGUGUGACUUUCAUGAUUAGUGAACCAUGUGCCUGUUGCCAUGCUACAGGCAGGGUUGAAGCUUUAGAGACCUCCUUCUCAAAAAUUGAACAGCAAAUUUGCCGGAUUCUUGCAACAAUGGACCGUAAGGGAGAACCUCAAAAGCCCAAAUCCUGGCCAAAAUUUAUAGUGAGGGUUGACCAGCAUAUGUGUAAGUACUUGACUUCAGGGAAAAAGACAAAACUUGCAAUAUUAAGCAGUUCUCUCAAAGUUUGGAUUUUCUUAAAGGUUUCUAGAGGGUUCACCAAAGGAGCGUUCGAGGUCAAACCACUUACAGUCGACAAAGUUGGUAAAAACCAACAUCAAGUUGCAGUUUCAAAAAAGGCCAAUACCAAAAAUCUGGCCAAAGUUUACUCUAGUUCAAGUGAAAAAUCAAAGGCUGGGUGAAGCAGAGGAUUUUGUUCCAUUUUUCUUACCCAAAUUUUGUAUAAUAUGCCAUACAAUACAUGGCUUAAAGAGAAAUUCUAAAGUCCAGGGUGGGAGUUGGAAGAGCAAAAAUAACAUGGUUUCACUUUUGAGGGAGUCAAAGUUAGAAAUAGGCUGUUAUAUGCGGAUGAUAGAUAUUGAAUACCACACAAACCUCAUAACAGGAGCAUUUUGUUGUUAAGAACUAAACUUUCUACUAAGAUUACAAGUAGAAAUCACAGCUUCAUUUGAGUUCCUAUCAAAAGCAACAAUAUCAAGGAUGAUAAAGUGAAGCAUUGGCCAGUGUAAGCAUUUUCUACACUAGGAUACAACAAUGAAGGAAUGAUUGUUUUUCUGUCUGAGAUGGGGAAAAGGGUACUUUUUAGAAUAAAGCUGAACUCAUCAGAAAGAACAUAGCAUGAGGAGAACAAUCUUAGGCUGACAAUCCAUUGGUUUUGAGCUUUUGAAUUAUUUAUUGAUUUGUUUAAGUAGUGGUACUGUAUGAAUGUUAUCUACCUAUUACUUUUCUUAAUGUUAUUUAUGUCUUCAAAUAUUUUAUUGGUCA